AUGGUCUGUUUUUACUAUUUCGCGGUGGUUUUCUACACCGUUGGUGUGCUGGUUGCAUCGGCAUUUCUUAACCUUUACUACACCGCAUCGUUCCUGGCCAAUGUCCGCGUGGUACCGGCUAAACCGGUGUACGAUUAUAUCGUAGUUGGUUCCGGCACCGCAGGAUCGUUCAUUGCCUCGAGAAUCCCUUCCGAUAAUGUACUCGUUCUGGAGGCUGGCUCGGCAAGACCUUCGCUGAUGGACAUUCCACUGUUUCUGCCCUUGUUCCAAGGUACGCAGUACGAUUGGCAGUAUGAAACCGAGCCUCAGAUGGGUUCUUGUUGGGCGAUGAACGGAAAUCGAAGCCGCUGGCCGAUGGGAAAAGUCUUCGGGGGAACACAGAUGCUGAACAAUAUGAUUCACUAUCAAGCUCAGCGACCGGAUUUCGCUGCGUGGUUCGAGACACCCAGCGAGGUGGAUGAAUUUAUGCAAUAUUUCGAUCGUGGCCAAGCCGAAGAACACGUUGAACAGGGAUUCUACACGCCACUUGGAGAAGUUUUCAUUAACGCCGCAAGGGAACUCGGUUUUGACGAACAGUCAUUCUUUCGUCCCUUUGUAACGACCAAGUAUGGUAGGCGGUGGACAACCAGUCACAGUUACGAGGCCACGCAACGGCAUGGUCACGAGCUGAUAGCAAACGCACUGGUGGAAAGAGUUAUACUCGAAGAGGGUCAAGCCAGGCGCUUGAUCUUUUCGAAAGGGGACGAAAAAUUUGAGGUUCAAGCAGAGAAAGCCAUCGUCCUGACCGCCGGAACUGUGGGUAGCACGAAAAUUUUGCUUCAAAGUGGCAUCGGGCCGAAGAAAGAAUUGGCCGCACACGGGAUAGCGUGCGCUGCUGAUUUACCAAUGGUGGGAAAAAAUUUACAAGACCACAUCGGGACCGGAUCCGAGUUGGUGCUGUUGGGGCGACACUUAAAUCUACGACCCGUUGACAUUGCGCAUCCGGGAAACGUGUGGAAAUAUUGGACGAGAAGGCACCGGCGAUCGUCUCUUGCGUUCGGGGGCUGUGAUGCCGUGGGUUACGUGUCGCUAGGCAGUAACUUCACCAGCGAUAUUCAGUUUAUGGUCCUUCCGGCGGGAGUCAGUUCCGAUGCUGGGGUCCAUUUGAGAAAAAUUGUCAAUCUGAAAGACGAUGUUUGGGAGAACUACUAUCGGCCGUUAGCGAAGGAUGGUCAGCCGGUGGCGACCGUUCUUCCGAUACUGCUUCACCCGGAAAGUGUUGGAGAAGUUGUACUCAAAAGCGCCAACGUGCAGGAUCCUCCGAUUAUAAAUCCAAACUACCUGAGUUCCCUGCGUGAUUUGAAUGUCCUCAUCAAAGGGAUUCGUAUGCUUCAAAAGAUAACGCAACAGCGAUCGGCGAGUGCGAUGGGCCUGGAGCUGAAUCCGAAACCGUUUCCCGGUUGCACGAACCAUGAGCCCGAUAGUGAUGCGUACUGGGAGUGCUAUGUACGUUCCGUUACGCACACCAUCUACCAUCCUGUCGGAACCUGCCGGAUGGGAACGACCGUAGCCAACUCUGUUGUUUCGUCUCGAAAUCUAGCUGUCCACGGCGUUCGAAACCUGUACGUGGCGGACGCAUCUGUUAUGCCGAGCCUCCCGAGUGGUAAUCCGAAUUCGGUAGUUAUGGCGAUAGCAAAUCAUUUUAUUCAAUCGAAUUUUAUUCGUAAAGCCAAAGGGGCAGUAUAA